AUGGAAACCCAAAUUGCUGAGUUUGAGGAAGCUGAACCCGAAUGGGCAAUCAACAAAGUACUCAACCACUCUGGCAAACGAGCCGACUCCACAUUUCAAAUCUUGUGGAAGUCAGGAGACACAACUUGGCUGUCGUACAAUUGGGUUGCUGGGUUGGGCGCACUGAAAGAUUAUUUCUUGGAGCUGGGCAUCGAGGAUGUCUCAGAACUAGAACAGGGGACUGGAAAUCUCGCAGCUGCAGAUCCCCAGGUGUCCGUGGGAUGCUUGGACUUCAACAACCCCAACCAUAUAAACCCUGUUGUCCACCCCUCUUCUGAAUCCUCCUUUUCCUUCACUUCCAAUGACUCUCUGCUACUCCUCGCCUGCCAAAUCACUCCAUCCACCAUGGCGCCCAUCCUCUCUCGCAUCGGAGCCCUCCAUUACACCCUGCCAAAUGGAAUUGGCAAUGGGGAUUUGAUGAUAGUGCUGGACAUGCUCCGCGCAUACCUAGAGCACAAUGCCCACUUGAGGUCAGGUACAGCCAUGGACCGUGCAUCACCUGUCGGGUAUGGAGACUUCUCUUUAUCAUUCAACAUGCUCCAAAAUACCAAUGGACUCACCUCACGUUUUGUGGAAGAGUCUGUUGAGGGACCCCGAAUUAGUGGCCCCUCUCCCUACAUCACUGACCUUGUCGGUGAAGAGACUCCACCCACACCUUCUAUCUGCUCUAGCGCCUCUCAGCCCCCUCCCGAUGGCGGGUGCUGGCUUAACCCCCAGCAUGUCGAACUCGUGGAGGAAGCCCUCUGGCAAAAUAUGAAAACCUCCAAGAGACAGCAGGAGUGGUGGGAACACAGUAUAGCCGAAAGACAAGCUACCAAAAGAGCUCGUCAUGCAGCUAGGGGGUCACCAUCCACCUUUCAGAUCACGGAUACUGAGGAAGGACCUAGCAGUGGUGCACAUACCUCGGCGUGUCACUCUCCCACUACUCACACACCUAUCACUCCAACCCAAACCCAAACAACCUGGCCACCUGGUCAGAUGGAGGUAGAUGAACCCAGGGACUCGGCAAAGGACAAGGAUCAUGGCGAAGGUGUGGGGAAGGGUAAGACCAAGAAGAAGUAA